AUGGAUUCAACAGCACCCCCAGCCAACUCCGCCUCGUCCUUCCUCGACCUAGGCAUCACACUGGCCCUCAACAACUGGCCCGCGCUCACGCUCGCCGUACAAUCCAGCUGGGGCGGGCCGACCUCCGCCGACAAGCGCGACUGGCUCUGCGGCGCCAUCUCCGACAUGCUGGCCGAACGCCCGGAAACCGACGCUGAGGACCUGGAGGACGUGCUGGUGCAGGUGAUGAACGACGAGUUCGACGUCGUGGUCGACGACGAGAGCGCGGCGCCCGUCGCGGCGCAGAUCAUGGAUAUCAAGUCUCAGACGGCUCGCGGCGACUUCGGCCCCGUGCGCGAAAUGUGGGAUGCGUGGCAGCAACGGAAGAGUCAGCAAAAGUCGGCGGCUGCGGGCUUGUUUAAGAAGGUUGAGGCCCAUGACGAGGACCAGGAGACUGAUGAUGAGGAGGACAGUGAUGGUGCGGAUGCUGGGGAUGUCGAGAUGGGGGAUGCGCCUGCUCUUGUUCGGGCUCCUCGCGAGAAGGUCGAGCCUGAGAUUGAUGAUGAUGGGUUUACGAAGGUUGUUGGGAAGAAGAAGCGCUAG